GGUUCUUAGUCGCUCGAUAGUAAAACAAAUUUUAAAUAAAUUUUACAUAGAUAUUUAGCAAUUGUCAUCUUAUUAAAACCUCAACUUUGAAAAACUUUAAUAAUAAAUUUAGUAUGAAUUCAUUAUAGCAUCAAGUUGUGAUCAAAAAAUGAAUGCAUUAAGUUGUUUAAAGUUUGAUUUAGAAGCAAAAUGUAUUCCAACUGGUUGCGAAAAUUUGGAUAUGGCAUUAGGAAGUGGAAUAAGAUUAGGAUCAAUAACAGAAUUUGUAGGAAAUUCAGGAGCUGGGAAAACUCAGUUGAGUUUACAAUUAGUUUUUAACACAAUUUUACCAAGUCCAGUAGGAUUAAUUGACGGCGAUGCUGUGUACAUCAGUACCAGAAGAAACUUUUGUCCUCAACGAGUGAUACAUUUGGCAGACGUUUCUGUAAGCUUAUGGGAAAAUUCUUUCUCUAAAAACAAAAAUCGAUCAUUAGAUUUUCGAACAAAUUACACAAACGAAAAAGCUUUGUCAAGAAUUCAUCACAAAUUAGUACAAAGAAUUCCUGAAUUAAUUUCCACAGUUUACCAAUUGGAUUUGCUUGCAAUUAAGCAUCCAAAUAUUCGACUUGUUGUUAUUGACUCCUUCUCAUCACUUCUUCGCAAUCUUGAACCUUCAGAACGGAUUCGCAUUGUUUAUGAAUUGUUUCAUGUUCUUCAAAACUUUGCAACGACAAAUCAAUCUGCUGUGAUAAUAACUAAUGACUUAACUCCGCACGUCACUCCAAAUUCAAUGGAACCUGCGAUGAUGAAGCCAGCUCUUGGUGACGCUUAUCAUCAUCGAUUGUCUCAACGAAUUCUCCUAAAUAAAGAAGAUGAGAAGCAAAUUACUGUCGCUCAAAUUCUUAAAAAUCUAAACGGCGGACCAGCACAAUGUAAAAUCAAAGUCGUCGACGAUGGCGUUAAAGAUGCAUAGAGUUGGAUAUUUAAAUAUUACGCUUAUUAAUGUUAAGCAUUUUAAUUACAUAAUUUUAUAAAAAGAAUGAAUAAAUAUUCGUGUCAAAUUUUCCAUGAUCGACUUUGUCUGUUCAGUUACACAUCUGUAAAUUUUUAAUUUUUCCAAUAUCUGUCUACAAUAAGGAAAGUAAAGCGAAUUAA